UCGCAUAAUGGAUGCGUCAUCUUUUUUUUCGUUGACGUUUGACAAGCAAAAAUAAUUGUAGGAGUUUCUCUUUCAGCUUUUUUGUUAUUCAAAUAUAUUUUUGUGCCGAAAUGGUUGAUAAAUUGGUGAAUAGUGAGGCAAAUGCUAGGAGGAUAGCGAUGGUGGAGAGCUGCUUUGGUAGUUCAGGACAGCCAUUGGGUGUGCCAGGCAGAGUUUUGGUUGGGGAAGGAGUAUUAACAAAAAUGUGCAGGAAAAAGCCCAAGACAAGACAAUUCUUCCUGUUCAACGAUAUUUUAGUAUAUGGUAAUAUUAUAAUCAACAAGAAAAAAUAUAACAAGCAACAUAUCAUUCCACUUGAAGAGGUGAAAUUGGAGAGUUUAGAUGAUGACAAUCAAUACAAAAAUGGCUGGUUGAUAAAAACAGCAUCAAAAUCGUUUGCAGUGUAUGCAGCUACAGCUGUAGAGAAGUCUGAGUGGAUGGCACAUAUAAAUAAGUGCAUUGAUGAUCUUCUCAGAAAAAGUGGUAAAAAGGCAGUAUCCGAACAUGCAGCAGUUUGGGUUCCAGAUACAGAAGCUUCAAUAUGUAUGCACUGUAAAAAAACACAGUUUACUUUGAUCAACAGAAGACAUCACUGCCGUAAGUGUGGAGCUGUAGUUUGUGGUCCAUGCUCGAAUAAACGAUUCCUUCUGCCUAGCCAGAGCUCAAAGCCGUUGAGAGUGUGUUUACACUGUUACAAUGCCCUUACAGCAGCGUCACAGAAAAAUCAAAAUUCCAGUACCGACUCGACACAAAAAGGCAUAAAUGCAGACUCAUCAGGUGAAGAAGAUUCGGAUGACGAUGAGGAAGCAAAUAAAACUCAACCCGAAUUCCAUGAUAUGUUGUUUCGGAGUCACUGUCUUGGUUAUACUUGUUGAAAUGUUCCGAAAUUCUAUGGGGAUAACGAAAAAGCUGAAUAGUCCGUCAACUGAAAAGUCGCACUUCCAUAAAAAACGAAUCACUUGAUAUUCUUAAAUCUGUUUAAUAAUCCUACGUAGCUCAGAAAUAACAUAUAUUUUUAAUAUAAGGUCACUGUGUAAUUAACACGACAUUGUAGAUAAUUUUUUUAUGAAAACGUGUGUGACUAUCGGAGGAUGCAUUCUCUAUCGUAUCGCGAUAGUUCGUAGUACCUAGAUGACAUAUUUCUAUUUAUACAAGCAGGGCCGGCUUCAGAGUUUUGUGCGUCCCCCAAAUUAAUGUGAAUUUUGCGCUCCCCAUGACAUUGCGCCCUGCCCUGCCUUGCUUACCGCCUGUAGCCGGUCCUGUAUACAAGAAGUGAAAACAUGUCUGAAGUUUUCAUCUGUAUUGCUGGCCAUACUCACACGUUCUUUUGCGCGGAAAAUCGUGCAGCGCCUGAAAAACACGUGUAAAAUCAUUUGUAUUAGUAGGCCAUGAUGGAUGCUUAUCAAUUUUUUCUAAGUGCGUCAUUUUUUUUUUCGAAUCUGGCCCAGGCAACUUCACACUGCCACAAAAACGUGCAUAAUGUUGUCCAUCUUUACUAGCAAGCAUAGAUUUUAAAAACAUGAUAAUUUGUACUUGAAAAGGAAUGUGGUAAAUCUUGGAACUUAUGUAUGGGCAGAAGGCAGAAUUUUUUUCUGCCGCGCUGUACUUUCGCACACGCUCGAGAACGUAUGUGUAUGACCAUCUUAUAGUCUGCACUUUGUGAAGUUCACUCUAAAUGGAGUUCCGGUAUUUUCACCCUUUCUGGCCAUCAUCUUUUGGAGUAUCGAUAUUUAGGGAUUCAGGUACCGCAGCAAAAAGUUAGUAUUGUAUUAAAAAUAGAUUUGUCAUCUGGAUACUCUAUGUUAUAAUUGUGGUGCUCAGUAUUCUUAUGAAGUACAGAUUGCCAAUUAAGACAAUUCCUAAAUUAAAUUUUGUAUAUUAAUAAUAUAUUGGUGUAAUGUCAUAUUAUUCAUUUAAAAGUAAAUCUGAUGUAUAAUAUGGAUAUAAAUAUUUUUAUUUUUCUGAUAAAUUAAAUAUGAGUGUAUUCUAUAGGCGAAGAUGUGUUGAUUAUUUAUAUAUGAAUAAAGAUUUAUUUUUAUUUUCUAUCUUAAGAGUGUAUUAAGUAUAAAUAACCAAAAUAUACCAAUUUCCAGCCAUCCGAUAGGAUUAAAAAAAAAUGAAAUACCUAUUUUGCAUAUUUAAUAAAAUCAUAUUUAGAACCUACACAAUACUCACAAAUUUCGGAAAAAUUGACUUGCGGAAUUUUGUAUGAUAAUAGUGCAAAAAUCUAACAAACAAAAAGUUACUUUGUCUCAGGAUCCACUGCAUAUUAUACUAUUUCAAGAUUGUAUAGUAAAUGAUUAUAGAAAAAGAAUAUGUUUUCUGUCAAGAAUAUGAUUUUGUAAACUUGGAAUCAAGAACGUUUUAUCAAACAUUCUGAAUCUCACAGUUUUACGAGUAAAUUAACCUAUAACAGGAAUAGGAUCACCUAAUGUAAGUUCAUCCACUUAAAAAUGUCUGUAAACAUCUUUACCAGCAAGCAUUGAUCUUUCUAGUUUUUAUGAGGUAUACUUUAUCUGAAGUCACUUGAAACACUGUGAAAUACCGGGUGCGUUUUAUAUAUCUAUAUUUAACACGCUCUGUUGCUGCAAAAAUCGACAAAUUUCGCAGCAAAUAUCCCCCGUAUAAGAGAUCAAAGGCAGUUUCACCGGUCCACGUGGAGUAAAGCACGCCUAUGCGUGGACAUAGCCAAUGAGAAAGCGUUUAUUUCAGAGCUCGGAACAAGUGCAGGUGGCUACUGAAAAUUGAAACAGUUUAGCCAGUGCCGCGUAGCGGUGAAUAAACGUGUUUUCUUUAGUCUGUCCGUGUUUUUUCAUAGAUUUUAUUAGUUUGUGUGUUUUUGACUUUUGAAUAUUCAGUUUACUUGUUGAUUUAAUUGUUGUGUUGAUUGUUCUUGUGUGUCCUAAAUAUGGCUCUUUGGAGACCUUGGGAAAAUGCUCCAAGCCACGAGGAGAUGGUUGAUGAACCUGUGCAGGCAGAAUUCUUUCAUAAAGAUUUAGAGGAACAUACCCAAAGAGUAAUCCUAAAUAUGUAUGAUUGUCUGAAAAACGAAAAUCCAGAUUCCUCGCAAAUUCAAAUUUUAAACAGACUUUGUAUCCUGACAAAAAUCAGUCGGUCUACCAUUUAUCGGGUUAUAAAAAGGGGAGAUGUAGUCAACCAUUCCUUCCACAGAAAGCACAUAGGGCGAAAAUUAAAAAGAAUAGACGAGGGUUUUCAGGAAGAUAGUCGUCGUAUAAUACAGUAAUACCCCGGACUUACGCGAUAGGUGGGUCCGAACGGUUGCCGUGUAAGUCGAAUUCGCGUAAGUCGGGGUUCAAUGUUGCAUAUAAAUACAUAUAAAGUUUGUUUAAUC